AUGGUGUUAUUCCUCGUCACCGAGACACUGCGACUAUUGGAUUUGUACAAGACACUGCGUGAUGAUCCACGUAAUGUGACAAAUAAUGGUAUUCUACUAAAACAACACGCACGUGAACAGCUCACAAGUGCAUUAAAUGCAAGUUUUCCCCGUGAACAGCCAUGGACGGAAGGUCAAGUAGCCGUUAAGUUUAAGAAUUUACGCAGUGAGUAUGUAGAGCUCAAGUGGUUAAGUAAACAAGCAGGAUUUAAAGAGGACGGUGUAGGACUGAGUGAUGAUUGGUGGAAUGGUAUUAAAAGGCUUCGACAUAAAGCUCAUGCGUUUAAAGGAAAAUUACCGUGGGUUUUUGAAGCAAAAAUGAAGGCCAUUGUUGGAGGUUAUCAGUCAAAACGUGAGCAACAGCAAGUUUGGAUGCCAGUUGAUCGAGAAGAAAUGGAGGAAGAGGAGGAGGAGGAGGAGGAGGAGGAAGAAGACGAGGGCGAGGAGAAGGAGGAGGAGAGCGAGGAGAAGGAGAAGGAAAAUAAAUCGCAGCAAGAACAGGAAGUUAAUGACGUGAAGGAAGAGAUUGGCAUUAUCAUGGAACAACCUCCUGCAGCUGGACAGCAGAGUGACGAAGUGGAGGCAAUAGCAUUAAGAUUGCAACAUAAGAGGAAGUGCAAGGAAGACGUCCAAAGAAACAGUGUAAAACGACCACCAGCACGAAGCUAUGGAUGUGGUGGCAACUGUGAUGAGUCACUGUCUAGGUCAGUGGAGCAAAGCUCAGUGGCUGCUGCUGGCAUGGCACGCGGUUUUCAGGACCUCACCACUAUGUUUCAGGAAGAAGCGGCUCGGUGUCGAGCGCUGGAGCAGCAGGUUUUGACCGAUGGCAAAGAGACCCACUUGUUAGCUAAUCAGCGACGGGUGCUGCUGGCCAUCGCUAGCUCGCUCGAGCAUAGUACGCGCGCCACUGCUGAUGUGGCAAAAGGUUAUUGCGAACUAGUGAAUGCCUUUGUGCGAGGGACAGCGGAGACGGAGAGGAAGUUUCAGCGUGAGGCUGAGCUCUAG